AUCUGUAGCUCGGUAGCUAGGUUGGCAGUAGGUUGUUUUUUAUAGCCGCCUGGGCUUCCCACUCAUCGCUGCUGAACUCCGCCACUACAAAAUCGGUCAUUACAGCGGCACACAGACGGACUAUAGGUUACAGAUGGACCAGCAGGACCAGUCCUAUAUGUUUGCCAGUCUGAAACGGCCUCACUCCGAGCAGCUGCUGCAAGGCCUCCAGCUCUUGCGGCAGGAUCACGAACUAUGUGACAUUGUCCUGCGUGUGGGUGAUGCCAAGAUCCAUGCCCACAAAGUAGUGCUGGCCAGCAUCAGCCCUUACUUCAAGGCCAUGUUCACAGGUAACCUGUCAGAAAAGGAGACCUCUGAGGUGGAUUUUCAGUGCAUCGAUGAGACUGCCUUGCAGGCCAUUGUCGAGUAUGCCUACACUGGCACUGUGUUUAUCUCCCAGGAAACGGUGGAAUCUCUGCUACCGGCUGCCGACUUACUCCAGGUUAAGCUUGUACUUAAGGAGUGCUGCUCCUUCUUAGAGAGCCAGCUGGAUGCUGGGAACUGUAUAGGCAUCUCCCGCUUUGCAGAGACGUAUGGCUGUCAUGACCUGUGCCUGGCUGCAACUAAGUUCAUCUGUGAGAACUUUGAGGAAGUUUGUUUGACAGAGGAGUUUUUCGAACUGACGAGGGCCGAGUUAGAUGAAAUCGUGUCCAAUGACUGCCUUAAGGUGGUCACAGAGGAGACUGUGUUUUACGCCCUGGAGUCGUGGAUCAAAUAUGAUGUAACUGAGAGACAGCAGCAUCUAUCCCAGCUCCUGCACUGUGUUCGCCUUCCACUCCUCAGCGUCAAAUUUCUCACUCGCCUAUAUGAAGCCAACCACCUUAUACGAGAUGACCACGCAUGCAAGCACCUGCUCAACGAGGCCCUUAAAUAUCAUUUUAUGCCCGAACACCGGCUUUCCUAUCAGACUGUGUUGUCGGCGCAGCCCCGGUGUGCCCCCAAGGUUCUGCUUGCAGUAGGAGGCAAGGCGGGAUUGUUUGCAACAUUAGAAAGCAUAGAAAUGUAUUUCCCUCAGACAGAUUCUUGGAUAGAACUGGCCCCUCUCAGUGGACCCCGAUAUGAAUUUGGAGUGGCAGUGCUGGACCACAAGGUGUACGUGGUGGGAGGAAUCGCGACACACAUGAGACAGGGCAUUAGCUAUCGGAGGCACGAGAGCACAGUGGAGAGCUGGGACCCCGAGAGCAACACCUGGUCCUCGGUGGAGCGCAUGGCUGAGUGCCGCAGCACACUGGGGGUGGUGGUGCUGGCGGGCGAGCUGUAUGCCCUCGGAGGCUACGACGGCCAGUACUACCUCCAGUCGGUGGAGAAAUAUGUCCCCAAGUUGAAGGAGUGGCAGCCUGUGGCACCCAUGACCAAGUCCCGAAGCUGCUUUGCCACAGCAGUGCUGGAUGGCAUGGUGUAUGCUAUCGGAGGCUAUGGCCCGGCCCAUAUGAAUAGCGUGGAGCGGUAUGACACCAGCAAGGAUGCCUGGGAAAUGGUAGCCCCCAUGGCAGACAAGAGGAUCAACUUCGGAGUGGGCGUCAUGCUGGGCUUCAUAUUUGUGGUGGGCGGACACAACGGAGUGUCACACCUGUCUAGCAUUGAGCGGUUUGAUCCCCAUCAGAACCAGUGGACAGCCUGUCGGCCAAUGAAUGAACCUCGCACUGGUGUGGGCUCUGCCAUUGUGGACAACUACCUCUAUGUGGUGGGCGGUCACUCCGGGUCUUCUUACCUGAAUACUGUCCAGCGCUACGACCCCAUCUCGGACAGCUGGUUGGACUCGAGCGGCAUGAUGUAUUGCCGCUGCAACUUUGGUCUGACUGCCCUUUGACCCAUGGCCCAGCCAGCUAGGACCCCAUAAGAGAACUUAGACACAAAGACGUUUCUUUUUUGUUGUCUCCUCCUCCCCCACAUUCAUCCUCCAGGUGCAGAGGAGCGCUGCACACCACCGAGAACGCCGGAGGAGAGAGAGAGAGCCUGCUGGGUGGAUGGAUGUGCCGGGGCUAGCUGGCUGGCUAGAUGGAGACCACAGACAUGGCUGCAGAGAUGGAGAAGAGCUGCGGAACAGAGAGGAAGAUGAUGGGACGCCUGUUGUCACGGGCACAAGGAGACGACCGCUCUACUGCUGCUGGACCACAAUGAGGACUCCGAGCCAUUUCCCAGAGGAUUGUGGGAGAAAACUUGUCACUUUUAGUUGUUUUCUGUUAUGUUAGCAGACAUUUAUUUGUUCUCCUUCAUGCCAUCAAUUGUGUUUAAUACUUAGAUUUUUUUUUCUAUUAAUUUCCCCGCUGCAACUGGAAGCACGGGUUCAGAUUUUGUAGAACACCAGUUUGCUGGUGUAUUUGUUUGAGUAUGUGGUUGUUGGCCAUGUAGUGUGUGUGUGUGUGUGUGUGUGUGUGUCUGUGUGUAUGCUUGAGGGGUACAUGCAUGUCAGAUAGGGUUGUUUUGUUACGUGUCCGGGUGCAGAGCUGAAGCUCGGGCUCAGCGACCCAGGAGUUCUGCAUCAAAAUCAGUGCUUCACAAAAAAGAGAAAAGUUGGAAUCUUUAUAUUUUCAAAAAGGGCUGCCUUACUCUCUUGUAAAUAGUCUAAAUAAAAUAUAUAGAUAUGAAUAUAUCCUUUAGUGCAUUGCCUGUAAAUGUUUUUCUGCACUGGGUCACUGUGUGUGUGUGUGUAGUUUGAUUCCCAGGGUCAUUGUAGAGGUGAGUGACAGAUUCUCCUGAGAGAGUUUGUCGCCAGUUUCUGCUUCAUCCUCGGAGCCAUUUGAAUCCCCCAUGUUCUAUCUUCUGUUACAUCUUCCUAAGGUCAGGUCAUGCACUUGCUCCUCCUCACAAUUGUUGAAAUCGACCUUAGCCCUCCUUUCACCCUUUGGUCUGUACACAAUACCAACUGGUGCUAUAUUUAGGAUUCAGGAUUCAGCUGUUUGUCUGUGUUGCCUCACACAAGUAGGUCAACCUACUUCAGCCUCUGCUACAUUACUAUGGAAGAUGUUACUCAUUUGAUUUUUUUGCAUUUAAUAGUUGAAUGGCCCUCAACCAUGCAAUAAAAUAAAGCCCUACUCUGCGGUUGGAAAACUGCAAACUUCUGUCCACAUAAAUAUCUAAAAGGUUAGAAAUCUAGCACUUUGUUUGGAUGGAUUCUGUUAUUUUAUUUAUCCUAAUCGACAUUUCCCUUCCCCACAUCCUCCCUGUUUCUGGAUAUGAGCAUGCUUUGCCAUUGUCUCGAUCCCCUGAUUGGCUCCAACACUUGCUCUUUUCACUUACAAACUGAGUGAAAUGUGAUCCCCAUCUUGCUCAGGUUUGAGAUAAUCCAUUCGCAGCUUCAUGUGAAGUGCCAAAAAAUGACUUCUUUUUUUUUUUGCUCCUUCCCACCUUGUGUGCCACAAUUUGGAACAUUCUAUUCUCGUCCUUAUUGCUAAUGUAUUAGUAAUGCACCAAGGGCUGUGCCAGCCAACUCAGGCCAUGUUCCCUCUGUCCCCAGUCCUGGGUGUUGGGAGUGCUCCACUGGGUGUUUGACUUCCAGACUGGCUGAGGGUGUCACUAUUGUGCCGCCUUUGAGGGGGUGGCUAGGCUAACAGAGAGGUCAAGCAACGCACAGCAAUAGAGGGAGCGCUAGGCUAGGAAAUGCUAGGUGAGGUGUGUGUUAUGUUGAGUCACUUAAUGUUCAAGACGUGUAGUUUGAGUCUCUGUGUGUGCGCUGAUGUCUGCACACAGGUGAAACUAUAACGGAGCUCUGCAUUGCACUUACCAAACUAUUUGAUACAUAUUGUAAUUUGUGUAUAUAUGUUUAAUUUAGGAUAACGGCAUUUAGAUAAUGCAAUAAGACUUCUGUUCUCUCUGUGGAUGAAUAGCGUUUUUGUUUUUGUCUCUGUAAAAAGCCAAGGCAUCUCAUAUUGCUGUAACAGAACCCCACAUGGCAUGUCUGUUGAAUCACUGUGGACGUCUGAUGGAACAUCAAACGGUACCUUUGCCUCAUCCCACCAGACACCCUGUGUUGUCAUUUUGUAGUGCAUGCUGGAUCAUUUGUACAAGACAUGUUUAUCGAGGCAGAUUCAGAUUGAUUGUGUCAUUAAUUGUAAUGAAUGGCCUAAUUUAAAUUGUAUUUUUCUUUUUUAAAUCAGCUGUUCUCAUCACAAACGUCUUGUAAAUGUUAGACGGGACAUGUGCUCUUCUAUUUGUACUCUAAACGAUGUUUGUGAAAUGACUAGGGAAAGAAUUACUACAGAUGAGAUCUAUGUGUCUUGCAAUAUUGUCAUCUUGUUGAGUGUAGAGUACUGUCUUUACGAUUUCUGCUUUAUUUUUGAAAGAGUCAUGAAUAAGCAACCUAAGGAUAUUCUGCAAAAUGUUACUUUAGAAAGAUGUGAAUGACUUAUUUAGUAUUUAUUAUAAUUUUUGUAUGUUCUGUAACCUGAUUUGUUUGCUAAUUCUGUGUAUUGUACUAGAUUGUUAGUUGCUUAACAGCCAAAGCACAAAUCACGCAGGCGUAAUUAUGUGCUGCAGCCAUGACUCAUCCAGCACCAAUGUUAUGUACAGUGUCAUGAUUUGAGGUGUAUAUUAAUUACUUAUUUCGGAGGGACGAUGAUGAAAAUAUCUGCAAACGUGAAUCUGCAAAAAGAAGGGAUGUUGAAAUUGAGUUUGCAUUUUCAUUAUGGCCUAACCAAUGUCAUGUGUUUGCCACCACUCUCACCAAAGUGCUUGUUCAAAGAAAGCAGAUGGAUGACUAACACCUCUGGUCUGCAAUGGACUGCCACUCUGUUUGUGUCUGAAAGAAAAACCCUUUGAAACUGAUGUCAAUGUUAGCCAAAAGACCACUCUGCUUCUUUUACAUUUCCACCCCCCCCCCCCCUCCUUCCAUUGUGUGUCUGGAGUAAGGUGAUGAUCUUGAAUUUUAUAUCCUGUGGAUUAAUACUGGAAGUACAAGAUAACCUUAGGCGUAGAAACCGUAGCUUUUUACAUUUGAUCAUGUUUUGAUUGAAGACAUUUUACAUACAUUUUAGUCAGUUUGUGUGGUGCAGUUGUACCCAGUUUAAAAUAAAUGCCUGCCUUAAAAGGUAC